AUGAGACAAUUUUCUCAUUUCUAUUUGGUACUGAGCUUUUAUUUGGUGUCCGUCAGUGCCACUUUAUUCAAGUUCCCUCAUCCAGGUUUGGGUGAUACCCCCAAUGCCCCCCCUGCUUGUGAUGCUCCUUCCGACUGCUGGAAGUCUUGUCAACAUGCUAUGACUUUCAUCAAAGACUGCGGCGACAUCCACGAAUGUAUUUGCUCUAAAUUGGGUUCUUCCGGCAGUAUAAUGGGUGACUGUAUGGCUUGCGGCACUGGUGCCAAGGCCGGCGGUUUAUUUGGUACUUCUCUCGAUUUCACCGGUGCUAAGUUGUUUAGCGAUGCUCAAUCCUUUUCUCAGUUCUACGAAUUUACUCUUUCUCCUUGGUUGCUGAAGUGCAAGUACCCAACUGCUCUUCCUCCAGGUGUUUGCUCUACUUCGCUUCCUCCAGCUCCUGAUUACACUGCCCCAGUUGAACCUGUUCCCGAGAUCCCUACCGUUACUUCUCAACCUCCAUUUUCUCGAGUUACCCCAACUUGCGUUAAUGGUUACACUUCUGAUAUAACUGUUCUUCCAGGUACUACCAUUGAGCCCUCAACUAUUCCAGGCACAAUUAAUGGCGACACUACUGUUCCUUGCACCGUCUUCCCUGGUACCACCGUUGAACCUGUCACUGUUACCUUGCCUCCUUGCUCUUCUGUCAGUACUAUCACUGUUCCUCCUGCUUUCUCUAGAUCGGUCCCAACUUGUGUUCCAGGUUACUCCACAGACACUACUAUCAUUCCUGGCUCGCAAGUUGAACCCUCAACUGUCCCUGGAAGUGUCAACAAUGGUACUCCUGUUCCUGGCACUAUUUACCAAGGUACUUCACUCGAGCCUCUCACUGUUACUCUUCCUCCUUGCGACUCCUUCAGCACUGUUACUGUUCCACCUGCUUUUGUCCGAACUACACCCACCUGUAUCCCCGGUUACUCUACUGACAGCACCGUCAUCCCAGGUACCACCAUCGAGCCUUCUACCGAUUUUGGCACUGUCUCUAAUGGUACUCCCAUCCCCGCUACUGUUCACCAAGGAACUACAUUGCCCCCUGCAACUGUCACCCUUCCCCCUUGCGAUGCUUUCAGCACUGUUACUGUUCCACCCACUGUCUCCAAGAGCACUCCUACUUGCAUUAACGGUUUUGUUGGCGGCCCUACUGUCAUCCCUGGUGUUACUAUCCAACCCUCUAAUGUUCCUGGCUCUGUUUCCAAUGGCACACCUGUUCCAGCUACUUAUUACCCAGGAACUACUGUUGAGCCUGAGACUAUUACUCUUUCUGCUUGCAGUAAGAUUAGCACUCAGAUUAUCACUCCAUCAUUAACCAGAAAUACCCCCACAUGUAUCCCUGGCUUCUCUGGUGGUACUACUGUCCUUCCUGGCACCACAUUUACACCUUCUACUGUUGAGGCUUCUGUUUCCAGUGGUACACCAAUUCCUGGUACGAUCUACCAAGGAACUACCGUCGAACCAGUUACUCUCACUCUUUCUGCCUGCGAUUCUUUCAGCACUGUUACUGUUCCCCCCGUGUUUACCAGAUCGAAGCCCACUUGCGUUCCUGGUUAUGCUACCGGCACUACUGUUAUUCCCGAGACUACCCUCGCUGGCUCCACUGUUCCAGGCACUGUUUCCAACGGCACUCCUAUCCCAGGCACUAUUGUUCCAGCUACAACUGUUCCUGCUGAAACUCUCACACUUCCUCCUUGCGAUGCUUUCAGCACUGUCACAGUUCCUCACUCAGUUUCCAAGAGUACACCUCCAUGUGUUGAUGGAUACACUCCUGGCCCAACUGUCAUUCCUGGCAUUACCAUUUCAGCUUCAACUAUUCCUGGUUCAGUCCUGAGCGGCACUCCUGUUCCUGCUACUGUUUAUCCUGAGACCACUGUUGCUCCUGAAACUGUCAGCCUUCCAGCCUGUGCUACUCUUGGUACUGUUACUGUUCCUCCUGCCUUCACAACUUCUGUUCCCACAUGUAUCUCUGGUUACAUGCCCGGCACCACCGUUGUUCCUGGCACCACUAUCAGUCCAUCUACCAUUCCUGGCACUGUAACCAAUGGUACUCCAGUUCCUGCCACAGUUGUUGAGGGAUCAACUGUCCCUGCUCAGACUCUGACUUUGACUGCUUGCGAGAACUUUAGCACCCUCACUGCUCCUCCUGUGUUCACCAGAUCCAAGCCCACUUGCGUCCCUGGUUAUGCUACCGGCACCACUGUUCUUCCCGAAACUACCCUCGCUGGCUCCACUGUUCCAGGCACUGUUUCCAACGGCACUCCUAUCCCAGGCACUAUUGUUCCAGCUACAACUGUUCCUGCUGAAACUCUCACACUUCCUCCUUGCGAUGCUUUCAGCACUGUCACAGUUCCUCACUCAGUUUCCAAGAGUACACCUCCAUGUGUUGAUGGAUACACUCCUGGCCCAACUGUCAUUCCCGGCACCACUAUUUCAGCUUCAACUGUUCCUGGUACUGUUCAGAACGGCACUCCUAUCCCAGCUACUGUUUAUCCUGAGACCACUGUUGCUCCUGAAACUGUCAGCCUUCCAGCCUGUGCUACUCUUGGUACUGUUACUGUUCCUCCUGCCUUCACAACUUCUGUUCCCACAUGUAUCUCUGGUUACAUGCCCGGCACCACCGUUGUUCCUGGCACCACUAUCAGUCCAUCUACCAUUCCUGGCACUGUCACCAAUGGUACUCCAGUUCCUGCCACAGUUGUUGAGGGCUCAACUGUUCCUGCUCAGACUUUGACUCUUUCUGCUUGCACUGAAUUCACCACAACCACAGUUCCACCAGCCUUGACCACAUCUGUCCCCACAUGCAUUUCUGGUUACAUGCCUGGCACUACCGUUGUUCCUGGAACCACAGUUGCUCCUUCCACCAUUCCUGGAACUGUUUCUAAUGGCACACCAAUUCCUUGCACUGUUGUUGAAGGCACCACUGUUCCAGCUCAGACCUUGACUCUUACUGCUUGCACUCAAUUCACCACAGUUACCGUUCCACCUGUGUUUACCAUCACUACACCUACAUGUGCUCCUGGUUAUGCCACCAGUGUUGUUGUUGUUCCUGGAACAACCAUUGAACCUUCUACAGUUUCUGGCUCUGUUUCAAGCGGUACUGCUGUUGGUGCCACUGUUGUUCAAGGCACCACUGUUACUCCUGUCACAGUCACGCUUCCUCCUUGCGAUGCUUUCAGCACUGUCACAGUUCCUCACUCUAUUUCUAAGACUACACCUCCAUGUGUUGAUGGAUACACUCCUGGCCCAACUGUCAUUCCCGGCACCACUAUUUCAGCUUCAACUGUUCCUGGUACUGUUCAGAACGGCACUCCUAUCCCAGCUACUGUUUAUCCUGGAACCACUGUUACUCCUGAGACCGUCAGCCUCCCUGCCUGUGCUACUAUUGGUACUGUUACUGUUCCUCCUGCCUUCACAACUUCUGUUCCCACAUGUAUCUCUGGUUACAUGCCCGGCACCACCGUUGUUCCUGGCACUACGAUCAGUCCAUCUACCAUUCCUGGCACUGUCACCAAUGGUACUCCAGUUCCUGCCACAGUUGUUGAGGGCUCAACUGUUCCUGCUCAGACUUUGACUCUUUCUGCUUGCACUGAAUUCACCACAACCACAGUUCCACCAGCCUUGACCACAUCUGUCCCCACAUGCAUUUCUGGUUACAUGCCUGGCACUACCGUUGUUCCUGGAACCACAGUUGCUCCUUCCACCAUUCCUGGAACUGUUUCUAAUGGCACACCAAUUCCUUGCACUGUUGUUGAAGGCACCACUGUUCCAGCUCAGACCUUGACUCUUACUGCUUGCACUCAAUUCACCACAGUUACCGUUCCACCUGUGUUUACCAUCACUACACCUACAUGUGCUCCUGGUUAUGCCACCAGUGCUGUUGUUGUUCCUGGUACUACUAUUGAGGCUUCUACCAUUUCUGGUUCUGCUUCGAAUGGAACUGCUACUGGUGCUACUGUUGUUCAUGGUACCACUGUCGCUCCUGUCACAGUCACACUUCCUCCUUGCGAUUCUUUUAGCACUGUUACUAUUACACCUACUCUUUCCAAGACCACACCUCCUUGCGUUGCUGGCUACACCCCUGGUGUCACUGUUCUUUCUGGAAUCACUGCCUCACCCUCAACUGUUCCUGGAACUGUUCAGAAUGGUAUGCCCAUCCCUGCUACUGUUUACGAAGGUACCACUAUUGGACCUGAGACUGUGAGCCUCCCUGCCUGUGCUACGAUCCAAACUGUCACAGUUCCUCCUCCUGCUAUUAACAGAACUGAACCUACUUGCAUUUCUGGCUACAUGCCUGGAACCACAGUUAUUCCUGGUAUUAGUCUUUCUUCUUACACUGUUUCUGGAACUGUCAGCAAUGGAACUCCUAUCCCUGCUACCAUUGUUCAGGCUACUUCUGUUCCUCCUACCACUCUCACAUUGUCUGCAUGCUCCAACUUGCCAACCACUGAGGUGCCACCUGUAUUCACCCAGGCUACACCUACCUGCGUUUCUGGUUACAUGCCUGGCACCACUGUCAUUCCUGGAACCACAAUUUACCCCACUACUAUCCCUGGAACUGUUUCCAAUGGUACUCCAGUUCCUUGCACUGUUGUAAGCGGUACCACUGUUGCCGACAAGAUUGUUACUCUCCCUGGAUGCACUACUCAGAAUCCUACCACUUCCACUGUGCCACCAUCAUACAACAAGACUCUCACAACUUCUCCUGGCUGCGUUUCUGGUUUCAUGCCUGGAACUACCGUCAUCCCAGCUGUUGAGAUUCCUGCUAAGACUGUUCCAUACACUAUUUCCAAUGGUACACCUAUCCCUGGUACUGUUUAUGAAGGCACUACUAUCCCUGCUGAGACCAUCACUCUUUCUGCAUGCUACACUGCCAGCACUGUUACUUCUCCAGUGAGCGUUGUUAAGCCAGUUGUUACUUGCAUUGAAGGAUCCAACGUCAGUGGUACUACUGUCAUCCCAGGCACUACAAUUGGCGCUACUACCAUCUCUGCUAAGAUUGAAAAUGGUUCUCCUGUUCCUGCUACUGUCUACCAGGGCACUGUUAUCCCUGCAGAGACCCUUACUCUCAGCGGUUGUGUUCCUAAACCUACUGCUCCUAGUGUCAUCACCACUACUCUCACCACAACUUCAACAUCUGAGAUUUGCACUACAUCUUAUCUCACCACCACUGUUCCUUGCGCCAGCUCUGAAGCCUGCGAAGAGACCACUACUGUGCAGACUUCCAUUGACGUUCUUUCUACUACCAUCAUCCCCAUCACUUACACUUCUACCUCUACCCUCCCCACAGUGCCAUUCCAUAACCAGACUUUCAGCACUUCUCCUAUUGUUCCAUCCUACUCCAUUGUUGUCCCUACUACAUCUUACACCACUUCUAUUAUUACCACCACUUCCGAAAUCCCUAUCAUCUCUACCAAAUACACUACUGUCACUGUGCCAUGCUCCAGCCAUGAAGUCUGUGAGACAAAGGUCACUGCCACCCGUCAUCUUAAGACUGUCACCAGCACUGUCAUUACUACUCAUAUCACCACCAGUGUUCCUGUUGUAACAACAAUUGCAACUGUUCCAGCUCCUCCUGCCUCUCCAUCUUCAGCACCUGCAACAUCGUCAUCAGCACCUGCAAUGUCUACAUCUACGUUCUUUGCACCUGUUUCAUCGUCGUCUGCACCUGCUCCUAUCACGCUUACAUCUACGUCUGUCGCACCUGUCUCUUCAUCACCCGCUUCAUCAGCUCCAGCUUCUUCAGCUCCAGCCUCCUCAGCUCCAGUCUCAUCAGCUCCAGCUUCCUCAGCUCCAGCUUCCUCAGCUCCAGUCUCAUCAGCUCCAGCUUCCUCAGCUCCAGUCUCAUCAGCUCCAGCUUCCUCAGCUCCAGUCUCAUCAGCUCCAGCUUCCUCAGCUCCAGUCUCAUCAGCUCCAGCUUCCUCAGCUCCAGUCUCAUCAGCUCCAGCUUCCUCAGCUCCAGUCUCAUCAGCUCCAGCUUCCUCAGCUCCAGUCUCAUCAGCUCCAGCUUCCUCAGCUCCAGUCUCAUCAGCUCCAGCUUCCUCAGCUCCAGUCUCAUCAGCUCCAGCUUCCUCAGCUCCAGUCUCAUCAGCUCCAGCUUCCUCAGCUCCAGCUUCCUCAGCUCCAGCUUCCUCAGCUCCAGUCUCAUCAGCUCCAGCUUCCUCAGCUCCAGUCUCAUCAGCUCCAGCUUCCUCAGCUCCAGUCUCAUCAGCUCCAGCUUCCUCAGCUCCAGUCUCAUCAGCUCCAGCUUCCUCAGCUCCAGUCUCAUCAGCUCCAGCUUCCUCAGCUCCAGUCUCAUCAGCUCCAGCUUCCUCAGCUCCAGUCUCAUCAGCUCCAGCUUCCUCAGCUCCAGCUUCCUCAGCUCCAGCUUCCUCAGCUCCAGUCUCAUCAGCUCCAGCUUCCUCAGCUCCAGCUCCAUCAGCUCCAGCUCCAUCAGCUCCAUCUGGUUCUACAUAUGUCUCAACUGUUUACACUUCUGAGAUCUGCACAACAUCUUAUACCACUGUUGUUGUUCCUUGCACAAGAACUGAAAUCUGCGAGUCAAAGACUACAACUUUCUCCAAUGUUAUAACUCUUUCUACCACACAGAUCACAACUACUGUUGCUGUUCCUACAGCUGUUCCUACAUCUGGUUCGGGUUCUUCUGGAUCUGGCUCUAGUGCUGGUUCAAGUGCUGGCACCCCUGGUUCCGGCUCUGGCUCUGGCUCUGGCUCUGGCACUCUUGGCUCUGGCUCUGGCUCUGGCUCUGGCUCUGGCACUCUUGGCUCUGGCUCUGGCACUCUUGGCUCUGGCUCUGGCUCUGGCUCUGGCUCUGGCUCUGGCUCUGGCUCUGGCUCUGGCUCUGGCUCUGGCUCUGGCUCUGGCUCUGGCUCUGGCUCUGGCUCUGGCUCUGGCUCUGGCUCUGGCUCUGGCUCUGGCUCUGGCUCUGGCUCUGGCUCUGGCUCUGGCUCUGGCUCUGGCUCUGGCUCUGGCUCUGGCUCUGGCUCUGGCUCUGGCUCUGGCUCUGGUGCUGGCACCCCUGGCUCCGGCUCCGGCACCCCUGGCUCCGGCUCUGGAUCUUCCGGCUCUGGAUCUGGCUCUAACUCUGGCUACCCUGGUGCUGGUUCUCCAGGUGCUAGCUCUAGUGCUGGCUCCACUGCAUGUGCAGGCAAUGUCUGUGCAGGAUCUUCUGCCGGUUCUGGCCCAGGUGGCUCUUCUGCCGGUUCUGGUACUGGCUUCCCAGGCUCUGGCUCAGGUGCUGGCUCAUCUGCCGGCUCUGGAACUGCUCCUGGUGGUGCGGGUUCUAGUGCUGGAUCAAGUGCUGGCUCUCCAGGCUCUGGCGCUAGCUCUGGUGCAUGCACUGGCGCACACUGCCCACCAGCACAAGUUUCGUCGCAUAACAAUGGUGGCGAGUCUACCAUCCCAGCCCAAGUUAACACGGCAUCUGGCAUCAGUAUGGGUGUCUCUUAUAUUGUUGCAGCUUUCUUGAUGACCCUUAUGCUUUAA